CAAUUGGCCGCGUUGCGCGUGGAUGCCCGGCCCAAGAUAACUGUCGCACUGGGUGUUUCUUUCGCUGCCCUUCCUUCCUUCGUUGCUUCGUUGCUUCGCCUUGCUGUCGCUUCCAUACGGGCAAUUGAGCGUUGCCUUUUCUGCUGUUGGCCUGCUGCCGCGCAUCCAUGUCCACGGCGUCUUCGUGCAGGUAGCUUGAGCUUGUGGACGCACGCUCAGAGUGUGCAAGCGUUAGCCAUGGACAAGCCGUAUGGAUUCGACUCCUUUCCGACGCAGCGCGUGGAGAUGCCGCCUACCUGGGUGCUGCUUGUGGCGCUGGGAUUCUGCUGUGCCGCGCUUGUGUUCUGGCUAUACAUCGCCCUCAACCUUGUCGCGCCCGUGCCCCGCCCUCCUCGCCGGUCCGAGAAACAGUACGCCACAAUCCUUCCCGAUGGGAAGAGAAGCGAGGCGAAAGAGCUGCCAUGCUGGAUAGACAAAUGGAGUGCUGAGAAAGAAGUUGCGAAGCAGAGAGCCGGCCCGGGCCGCGUCGUGCUACCUCCGCAGAUGCCGAUCGAAGAGGCCGAACUCUUCAUGUCGGUCGUGGUGCCCGCCUACAAUGAGGAGGAGCGGUUACGCGGCAUGCUCGAAGAGGCCGUGGACUAUCUGCUGAAAGCGUAUGGAGGCGCGCAUGACAGCGAAGGGGAGGAAGACAACGGGAAGAAGAGGCAGAAGGGCUGGGAAAUCCUGAUCGUGAGCGAUGGCUCGACCGACGCCACGGUUGAUAAAGCGCUUGAGUUUGCGCGCGAACACCAGCUCUCCCAACAUUCGGUCCCGGCUUCUGGACCCUGGGAGUCGGGCCUGACGCAUCCGGAGCACAUCCCUCAUGGCAGCAUCAGAGUCAUUGCUCUUGAGGAGAAUAGGGGGAAAGGCGGUGCAGUCACGCAUGGCAUGAGACACGUCAGGGGGCAGUAUGUCGUCUUUGCAGACGCCGAUGGUGCGUCGAGAUUUACGGAUUUGAACAAGCUGGUUGAGGCUUGUAAAACAAUCGAGGACAAAGAGGGUAGAGGAGUCGCGAUCGGCAGUCGAGCGCAUCUUGUAGGCAGCGAGGCCGUCGUUAAGCGCUCCAAGCUACGUAACUUCCUUAUGCACUCCUUCCACCUUCUCCUCCGGCUCAUGACGCCGCCGGCAACCGCCGCUAUAAAGGAUACACAAUGCGGCUUCAAGCUCUUCAGCCGCCCCACUUUACCUUAUAUCGUCCCCUACAUGCACUCCGAAGGCUGGAUCUUCGACGUCGAGAUGCUGAUGCUGGCGGAGAGCGCGGAUAUCGCUAUGAUUGAAGUGGCCAUCGGCUGGAAGGAGGUUAUGGGGAGUAAGUUAAACGUCAUCUGGGACUCGAUGGCGAUGGCGUGGGGGUUGGCGGUGCUAAGAGCAGCGUGGAUGCUUGGGGUGUAUAAGAAGGAUUAGAGGAAUAGACUUUUUGGUAUUCAAGAGUUAUGCCGUUCUAGGCUCUGAGUUCAUCGAGGCUUUGGAUGGGUGCACGUCUCGUCUCAGUAAUACCCAUGGGUUCCAUGGUUUUGUCGAAAAGAGUGUCAUGUGAUCGCGGUGAACGGCCCGCGUGACCAAGGCCAGUCGUCAGUCCAGGAGUCAGAAGGACUCUCGGACUGAGAACACCAUACCUUACAACAGGCUCUGUGAAUGUCAGGAUGCACG